AUGGCAGUGCAGGCGCCAACAUCAGCAGAUGCCUGUCUGAGCAUUGUUCAUAGCCUGAUGUGCCAUCGGCAGGGUGGUGAAAGUGAAAGCUUUGCUAAGAGAGCCAUUGAGAGUCUGGUGAAGAAGUUGAAGGAGAAGCGGGACGAGCUUGACAGUUUGAUCACUGCCAUCACAACAAAUGGUGCUCACCCAUCAAAAUGUGUGACCAUACAACGAACACUGGACGGCCGUUUGCAGGUUGCGGGAAGAAAAGGCUUUCCUCAUGUAAUCUAUGCUAGAAUCUGGCGGUGGCCAGACCUUCACAAAAACGAGCUGAAGCAUGUCAAGUUCUGCCAGUUUGCAUUUGACUUGAAACAGGACAGUGUUUGCAUCAACCCUUACCAUUAUGAAAGGGUUGUUUCUCCAGGAAUCGAUUUGUCAGGCCUCUCUCUUCACCAUGCCGGCCCUCCCGGCCGUCUUGUGAAGGAUGAAUACAGCAGCAGUGCAUCCAUGUCCAUCGCAGACCAUGCUCAAUUGGCUGGCGAGACACAGACUGUCCAGCACCCACCGUCUGACUCAUUUUUGCAUUUGCCAGCAGCAACCACAGUCCUCCCUUCCUCACACCCUUCCCCUUCGUCAGCCACCAGCAGCGUUUCAGCUGGGGCCGCCUCACAGCAGAUGCCUGCUGUUAAUGUAAGCAUAGUAGGGGGCAGUCCCAUGGGGGCCCCUCUCGGGCGCUCCGACAGCGGGGGGUCCCUGUCCCGCCCCCACCACCCGCUUAACUCCCCAGUCAAUCAGCCAGUGUCUCCUGCACAGCAAGUCCUUCCCAGGCUAGAUUUGUCCCGUCCAAGCACAAGUGGCAUGAGUUCACAUCCUAGCCCUUUAGGAGUUCCUUCGGCAGCCAGUCACCCUCUCGGCCACACCCACGCCAGCAUGGCAGCAGAAACAUACGCAAGACCUGUCCAGAACCAAGCAAAUUUACGGCAUUAUCCACAAGCUUCAGGAGCUACCUGGGUUGAUGGUAACACACCUGUUUACACACAGAAUAUGAGUUACUGGAACGGAGGUCAGAUGCAAGCGGAUAUAGCAUCACAUGCUCCACUUACCAAUCAGCCUCCUCCAGAAUACUGGUGCACACAGACGUAUUUUGAACUAGAUCAGCAAGUUGGAGAGACAUUCAAAGUUCCAUAUAACGUAAAAACGGUGACAGUAGACGGCUAUACAGAUCCCUCAAGCAUAGACAGAUUUUGCCUUGGCCAGCUGUCUAAUGUACACAGAACUGAAGCCAGUGAAAGAGCAAGAUUGCAUAUAGGGAAAGGGGUGCAGCUUGACUACAGGGGAGAAGGGGAUGUCUGGAUCCGCUGUGUCAGUGACCAUAGUGUGUUCGUGCAAAGUUAUUACCUGGACAGGGAAGCUGGAAGAGCACCUGGCGAUGCUGUCCAUAAGAUUUAUCCAACUGCUUACAUUAAG